AUGGAGUCCCGCUACUCUUUGGGCCAAGAGAUCGGAGAUUGCCUUUGUGCUCACCCCAACUUGCAGAUCCGCCCCUUGGGCGGCGAGUGGGUCACCAUGUCCUGCGAGGACAUGACCUUGCGCGUUUGCACUUUGCAGCCCUUGGCGCUGGACACCACGUACGAGGCCCGUGUCCAGGUGGCCUGCGAGAACAGCUCUCUGAACAGCCCCUGGACUUACUCCACUGAGCAGCUGUCCACGAAUCCAGGCUGCAAGUGGAAUUCGGACUCUGGGAACUCCACGGGCUUCGAGUGCAAGGACGGCCGCAUCUGUGCCUCGGAGGGCUGCUGCGGCGGGGAUUUGCAGCGCUGCCCCGCCGAUGCUCCGGUAAUGUGCUCAUCCUCGUGCUCGGGGGACUACUGCUGUGCCGCUUCGGCGGCGGCCUGCGGCACGGAGAGGCCCUGCUCCGACAGCCAAGUGCCUGCGAAGCAGCCCAGCGUGCUGUCAGUGGUGCCGUCCCGGGACGGCCUGGCGCUCGCCUGGGCGCCCGGGAGCUACGGCUCCGGCUUCGCGGCGCCCUGCGGCCAGGCAGGUUCCAGCGACUUCCUUGGCUGGUCGGUGGAGGUCUCCCCCUUGGAGGCCGAAGCGUGGCAGAGCGUGAGCUGCGACACGCCGCGCCUGGACGGCAGCUGCCAAAUCGCCGGCCUGGAAGCCAACACCGAGUACCAGGUUCGCUUGGCUGAGCUGUGCUUCAACCGUGACCUGGACUCGGACUACACGGCCCUGCCCCGAGAACGUGCCGUCGGUCCCGGUCAACAUUUGUGA